CGAAAUUCUUGAAACAGACAUACUCAUACAAAAAGAAAAAGGGUAAAAAAAGUCGACAAUGAUGUCUUUAAGGUUGAUUACUAUAAGUUCGUUACUCCUAUUCGUCAUUGCAAGCACACUAUUCACUGGAUUUCGUUGCAAAGGUGGAAAUAAUGCUGGAUUCAUUGCUGUUUCAGAUGUAGAGGUACGCCCCAAGAGUGUGUACGUUGUUGCUGCAGCAGCAGCAGCAAGAGAAAAGACAAUGAAAGGCCGAAAAUUGGUGGUCGACAGAGCAAUUAAGCUACACCCGAAGGCGAAAAAAAAUGUUAUGCCAACAGGAAAGCAUACAAGUUUUACGAGAAUAGGCCUUUCUAGAAACAAAAAUGUGAAUUUUGUUGCUUUCACUGAAGAUUACCAUCAACCAAGGCAUCACCCACCAAAGAAUAACUAAGCAAUUAUUAGUUUUUACAUAUUUCAUUUUUCGAUUUUGUAAUUUUGACUUUUUUUUAUGAAGCAGGCA